UCAAGCUUCUUGGUGACAUUGAUAAGUGGCCUUUCGGGGAUUUCUUGAAAUGGCGAUGAGAUUUCCAACACUGCUGCCUGGUGCAGUAGAUCCAUUGUGGUUUACUGUUGACAGACCAUGCGACGAUGAAAACGAACUAUCCGAACUAGAGGAAGAACACAAUCUCUGGCUUGAGAGUAUAGCAAAGAAAGACAGCAACAUCAUACCGAUUGGGAAAACUGCAGUUGAGAAUCUAGAGGAUGAAGAAGAGGAUGAAGAAGACGACGAAGGUGACGAUGAUGACGAAAGCGACACUAACGAUGAUGACCUAGAUAUAGAUAUGCUUGAUGAAAGAGAUUCAGGGGACGAUGCAGGAUAAUGGGAUCUACUGUUCCAAAGAAAAUGGUAUUACUAGUAUAAUGGAGUUCUACUACUGUACUUCCAGGAUGAGCAGUUACGAUGAACAUAUACAGAUACAAACUUUGGUAACACAAUUGUCAAAUAGUGAACUGGAAUUCUUGUACAGUGUGGUGAUGACAUGUUACAUCUACUGAACUCAUCCAUAUUUAUUAAAUGGUCACUGGUUAUUCAACAUGAAGACAAUGUUCUCAUUAGAAAUUGUUCCCAGAAAACAGUAAAAGCUGUUGUAUCUUGAUCCUUGAACAGGAUAUUUAGUGGAGAGCACGAGAGACUCUGAACGAGCUACUAUCUAGUUGUAACGAAAAAAGGUCACUUUCACAAGUUACUUUUUAACUAUACAAUUCACUGACAGGGUAUGAUCUGCAUCUAAAGGUUACAGAGAGUAAUUAUGUAUGUAUGUGUAUGUAACAAUGUAUGUAUGAUGAAGUUAAUUAUGUACAUUUGGAAUGCAUGUAUAAUUAUGUAUGUAUGUGCAAUUACGUAUGUACAUGUAUGUUGAAUUAUGUAAGUGUCUUAACAUUUGUGCAAAAUGUAAAUUCAUGUGCAGAACAUAUAAUUAUGUAUGUCAUAACAUGUACCAGGUAAAUAUGUAUGUUUGUGCAUUUAUAAAUGUAUUUCUUUGUAAUUAAUGUAUGUGUAAUUAUGUGUGUGUAAUCAUUUACAGCACAUUUUAUAUGUAAAUGUGUGUAUACAUGUGUAACUACCUGGUAUAUAUUGUAAGAUUUGCACAAUGAAAAAUAAAUAUAUAUAAAUCAAAAACAA